CUCUGCUUUACGCAGCCCCGGGCGCUCUGAUCGCUGGCAGUGAUGGCUCUGUACAACUGUACAGCUCUGGCUGUACAGUCUCGUGUUGGGAAUGCCUCGAGGGUGAUAAUUUAUAUAAAGACUAAAAAUUUUGAGUUUACCUGAAGUUACCGAAUAGGCCUUAAAAUCUGGCUGACAAAGAAGAAAGAUAAAAGGAUGUAAAGAUAACCUGGUGGAAGCCUCUUGCAUAAACCAGAUCUUUUGCCCUGUUUUGUUGAUGCGUGCACAGCCAGCCCUUGGAGCCCUCCCACAGGAGACAAGCAAGAUACUGUGCUGAUAUCCAGUUGUCAUAGUUGAUUUCACUCUACAAAUCUUCAGGAUUCCUACUGGAGUGAAAGUGUCAGUUGUGAUAAUGACAACUGAAGUUGGUUCAGAGACCGAAGUAAAGAAGGAUUCUGAGCAGCUGGGACCAGACAAAGCCAAGGACAAGCCUGAAGAAACAUCAGGGACUCCAGGAGAUCAAAAGUCCAGGGAAACAUCCUCUGGAGAAGCUCAAGAUUCUUCUGUCCCAGCACCAACCAGCCAAAGUAGUCCAAGUAGCCAGAAGAAGGAAAAAUCUUCACCUGAAAGCAAGGGUAUUUCUCGUUUCCUUCCCCCUUGGCUUAAGAAACAAAAGUCCUACACCUUGGCAGAGCCCAGAGAUGAGCCCAAGAAGAAGGCCACAGGGGAAGAGCAAGUAGUUGAAGAAAGUGUAAGCCAGGCACUAGAGGGGGUGGCUCAGCCGAGAAGGAGCUUGGAAGAAGCAACUGAAAACCGGCAGAAUGACAAAGAAAAACACUCCGUUAGCAGUGCUGAAAUACAGCCUUCCAAAGAAGAUGGUAAAGAAACAGAAGUAGAGGAAGUUGCAGAGAAAAAGGAAGAAACACAAGAAGAAAAAGAAAAAAGGGAGACAAAAGAAGUGCAGACAGCUGAAAUUAAAAUAGAUAACAUUCCUAAGAAGUCUCCAAAGAAAAUCAAAACUGUGCAGUGUAAGGUGAUGCUUCUGGAUGGCACGGAGUACAGCUGUGACCUAGAGAAAAGAGCGAAAGGACAAGUGCUGUUUGAUAAAGUAUGUGAACACCUCAAUUUACUGGAAAAGGACUAUUUUGGGCUGUUGUUUUAUGAGAAUUCAGAGCAAAAGAACUGGCUAGAUUCUUCGAAGGAAAUUAAGAGACAAAUUCGAAGUCUACCUUGGAUAUUCACCUUUAAUGUGAAGUUUUAUCCCCCUGAUCCGUCGCAGUUGACUGAAGACAUCACUAGGUAUUUCUUGUGCCUACAGCUUCGCCAGGAUAUUGUAUCUGGCCGACUGCCGUGUUCUUUUGUGACUCACGCCCUCCUUGGUUCAUAUACCCUGCAGGCUGAGCUGGGUGAUCAUGACCCAGGGGAGCACAGCAGUGAUUAUAUCAGUGAAUUCCAGUUUGCACCCAACCAGACUCAAGAGAUGGAAGAGAAAGUGGCUGAGCUACACAAAACACACAGGGGCUUGACUCCAGCACAGGCGGAUUCCCAGUUCCUAGAAAAUGCUAAGAGACUUUCCAUGUAUGGAGUGGAUUUACAUCAUGCCAAGGAUUCUGAAGGUGUGGAUAUCAUGCUGGGUGUUUGUGCUAAUGGCCUGCUGAUUUACAAAGACAGACUCCGGAUCAACCGCUUCGCUUGGCCAAAAAUUCUGAAGAUCUCCUACAAGCGAAGUAAUUUCUACAUCAAAGUCAGGCCAGCAGAACUGGAACAGUUUGAGAGCACUAUUGGGUUCAAACUGCCAAACCAUCGGGCUGCUAAAAGGUUAUGGAAGGUUUGUGUGGAGCACCAUACUUUCUUCAGACUCCUAUCGCCAGAGCAGCCUCCAAAAGCGAAGUUUCUGACCUUGGGUUCCAAGUUCCGCUACAGCGGCCGUACGCAGGCGCAGACCCGGCAGGCCAGCAACCUCAUAGACAGACCCGCUCCGUACUUCGAGCGCACGUCCAGCAAACGUGUUUCCAGGAGCCUUGAUGGAGCUCCCAUGGGUAUUUCAGACCAAAGUCUUCUAAGAGACUUCUCUGCUACUGGAGGGCAGGCUGCUGGAGAUAAAAUCAUUGAUCUUGAAGCUGCUGGUCAGGCCAAGUUAAAAGAUGGUGGCAGAGAAGAAGAUGAAAGUCCACUCAAAACUCCGCAAUUAGAAUUGACUCAGGAUGGAAAGAAUUUUUUUCUUCAGCUCACUCACGUACACCCAUCACCACUGCCCAUCCAUUCUGUGUCAUCCCAUCUCACAAACUUGUCACCUGUCCCUGAGAUCGACAUGCUUUCAGAUAUUUCAGAGGAAGAUCCCUUUGAAGAGCCCCUCCUUACCAUUCCAGACAUUUCAGAGUGCAAUUCCAUGGAACAAACAUCAGAUCAUAACAAAACCAGAACAGCUUCACCAAUUAAUACCUUUGAACCUGUGAGACCCCUAGCUAGUCGAGGCUCCCCAGCUGUUGAGGGAAGAAUCCAUGGCAGUGACUACAAAAGCACUGAGUUGUGCGUCUCAUUCAGCUUCUUCAGAUGCCUUUCUUUUAGUGUCCGUUCGCUGCUUGAUGAGGAUGGCUAUAUUACUUUACCUAGCCUUCCUGAUGUUUGCAUUUCUUUCCUCCCACCUGGCCUUCAGCACUAUAUUCCUAUUACCUCUCCUUCCUUCAUCCCUUCUUUUCUCCUUGUCUUUGUCCUGCUCCUGUCUGCUUUCCAGUCUAUUCCUUUUUCACUCACAUUUUCCCUUCCUCUCGCUCUGUCCCUCUGCUACCUGGAGCCUAAGGUGACUUCCUUUAGUAGCUCUAAUGGCAAUGAACUGAAUGACAAAGCAGAGGAAGAGGAGGUGGAACACGAAGAGGAAGAAGCACAGCAGAAGGACCUGGAUAAGACCCAGGACGACUUACUGAAACACCAGGCUAGCAUUAGUGAGCUCAAGCGCAAUUUCAUGGAAUCCACUCCCGAACCACGCCCCAAUGAGUGGGAAAAGCGGCGUAUCACACCUCUGUCCCUACAGACACAAGGGAAAAAAGGAGACCACAUUUUCCAAGUGAAAACACUGCCUGGGAAGGAAAAACAAUGGAUUACAAUGCCAUGGACUGCUGGAGCAAAACCAGAGGAAACUGAUAAGAGCCUGGAAGAGGAGAUAACCUCCAUUUUGUUUAGUAAGGAGCGCUUCGGCGCCGGCACCAGCGGGCCCUUCGCCGCCGCCAGCCCGGGGCCAGCAGAGGGCGCUGCGGGGGAGCAGACGGGCGCCGCCGCGCCGGGGCCCCAGAGACAUGCUUCCAGAGCAGAAGGGCCUUGUACUGGAGUCAGCGAUGCUGAUAAGAGUUCACAUGAGACUCUGGACAUAGUGGAGGAGAAGAAGCAGGCAGAGUUUGGGAUAGAAGAAACACUAGUCGUAGACGAAACCAACAAAGGGAAAAUGCAAGUUGCCACUGAUGCUGGGGAGACAUGUAAGGUGGAGCACGUGUCAAAAAAGGACUCUUCGUCAUUGCCAUCAGAUAGUAGCAGCAGCAGCAGUAGUAGUGAGAGUGAGGAUGAAGAGGUGGGAGAAUACCAUCCACAUCAUAGGGCAAUUGAGGAAGUCAUCAGGGAAGAACAGGAAGAAGAGGAAGACAUGAAAAGGAAAGAACAAGAAGAAAAUACGCAGCAUGUGGAAGCCAUACCAGAAGGCAGUAAACUAAAUGUACCAGUUGAGCACACACAAGUUACAGCUGAAGAUUUGGUCCAGGACAAUACAGUUACUGUAGCUACAGAAGAGAAGAAUUUGUCAGAGCAAAUUAAGCAAGAUGUAGGUGAAGAAAAAGAGGAGGAACAGCUGAAACUCAAUGGAGAUGUGUCUCAUGUUGACAUUGAUGUUGCACCACAAUUAAUUUGUUGUUCUGAGCCUCCAGUAGUGAAAACAGAGAUGGUAACCAUUUCAGAUGCCACACAGAGAACUGAAAUCUCCACUAAAGAAAUUCCAAUUGUUCAAACAGAAACUAAAACUAUCACAUAUGAAUCUUCACAGCUUGAUGGAAAUGCUGCUGGUGACGCUGGUGUGCUGGUGAGUGCACAGACAAUUACAUCAGAGUCCAUUUCUACUACCACAACUACACACAUCACAAAGAUGGUAAAAGGUGGUGUAUCGGAAACAAGAAUUGAGAAGCGCAUUGUCAUUACUGGAGAUGCAGAUAUUGACCAUGAUGAGGCCCUGGCACAGGCAAUCAAAGAAGCCAAAGAACAGCACCCUGACAUGUCUGUGACGAGAGUGGUGGUGCACAAAGAAACUGAACUUGCUGAGGAAGACGAAGACUAAAAUCAAAAAUGCUCUCGAGCAAAUACUUCAGAAAUAUAAAUGUCACUGACCACGAAGAACUGUAGUCAUUCCAAGUCAUCAUGACUCCACUGAAUCCACCAGGCCUAGCAACAAUGACCAGAUGUUCACAACUUAAAUGCCAAUACCAAACUCCUUUUAACAUCUUUGGUCUAUAUUCCCUUACAGUCUUUCUUGUUUAUUUUUGUAACCACUUCUUAACAAUCUUAGAGUUUUGGGGUUUUUUUAAUGAAGUUCUAGAGGGUAUGAUCUUCUUUUGCACAAAUACUUGUAUUUUUGAAACUGAUUCUUAAUUAUAUGAAAGUGAACAAAAGAAGUCUGGAAAUCAUUGUUCACUGGAGUAGGUGAUAAUUGUGCAGGAAGGAGGAUCUUUACUAAUUUAGAUAUAGUUUUUUCAGAUAUUUCAAGUGAAAUCUCUUACUGGAGUAAUUUACAGAUUUUUUUUCAGAUUAUUCAGGUAAAUAUAUGAUAUCACAUAAUGAAGUUUUUUAUAAAAAUAAAACAUUUGCUAAAAUUUGAAAAAAUAUAUUUCUUUGGAUAAAUUUUAUACUGGUAUCUCUGUAACUCUUUCUUUUCCAAGGUUCUCCUCUCUGUGGAGCAGAGAUGGUGUGGCAGUCUGUAGAGGAGAAGGAGUUGCAGACAGAUUUCUUCUGACUGAGCACUGUGUUCUUUUUGCACUUUGGUGCCAAUGCUCAACUUUUUGCAGACUUUUUGCUGUCUGCAGCAUUCCAGAUAAGGAAAGAAGGAAGAACAAAAUAUCUUUCUCUUUUUCCAACAAGAGAUGAUCUAGGCAGCUUAAAACCGUAGUGCUUUUUUUUUCUUACCGUGUCCCAAUUUCAGUACUUCCAUUGUUUGGAUACAUGUGUAGAAUGCUCGCUUGCUAUUAAACCUCAGUGUGUCUCCAUGUUAGAACUGACAUUUCUGUUACAGAGAAGGUAUAUGUUUCACAUGCUUCCUCUAAUGGUUAAUGCAGGUUUUUAGGCUACUGAAUAAAAGAUCAAUAAGAUGAAUAAGAUGAACUCCACUCAUAAAGUAGUACGAGAGUACCAUCAGUUGAGACUGCCAUGGCAAAAACCUGUUAAUUAUAUUGGGGUUUAUUUUUAAUUUGUUCUUGCUAGGGGGUUGUUUGUUUGGGGUUUUUUUUGCUGUUGACUCUGUGUAUAGUUAAAAUGCCAAAUUAGAUUUAUAGUAGCUUAAAGUUGUAUUAAGUGAUAUUUUGCUUUCUGUAAUUCUGUUAUAAAAUAAAGUUGUUUAUUCUCUGUA